CUGCCACUCUAUUACGCUACUAUCAGCUACUACGUCGGUAAUUACUACAGGUGACGUAUGUUAGUAUCGUUUAUCAGAAUUUCAUAUGCUAUAAUAUCAUACCAUAAUCAGAAUUUGUGUCGAACGACAAGAUUAAUUUCAAUGUCUGUGAGGCAAAAGGCAAUAGCAGCGGUAUGUCAAAUGACAACCACUGUUGAUAAAACUAAGAAUUUAGGAAUAGUUAGUGAAUUAGUUGCGGAAGCCAAGCAACGAUUAGCUACGAUUGCAUUCUUCCCAGAGGCUUGUGAUUAUUUGGCAGACAAUAAAAAGGACAUCGUUGCUAUGGCAGAGCCCUUGGAUGGUCCUACAAUCCAAAGCUACAAAAAGCUUGCCAAAGAUCACCAGAUUUGGCUAUCUUUUGGAGGAAUUCAUGAAAAACUGCCAGAUGAGUCGGAGAAGAUUUGCAAUACACACAUCUUAAUUAACAGUGAAGGACAAGUGGCUGCAAGGUAUCGCAAGGUGCACCUCUUUGAUAUGGAAAACAAAGAAAUUGGUGUUCGGUUAAUGGAGUCAGAUUAUGUUGUGAAAGGCAGCGAAAUAGUAUCACCUAUUGCCACACCAAUUGGUCAACUAGGACUCAGCAUAUGCUAUGAUAUGCGUUUUCCUGAGCUCGCCCUGGCUCUGCGAAACAUGGGUGCAGAAAUUCUGACUUAUCCAUCUGCAUUUACUUACGAAACUGGAGCAGCCCAUUGGGAAGUGUUACUUCGCUCACGUGCCAUUGAGUCGCAGUGUUAUGUCAUAGCUGCUGCUCAAAUUGGCAAACACAACAAGAAGCGCACCAGUUGGGGCCAUGCUAUGAUAAUUGAUCCAUGGGGAUCAAUGAUAGCCCAGUGCUCGGACACAAUUGGUAUCGCUGUGGCAGAAGUAGAUUUGAAAUUGUUAGAGAAGAUACGUAAAAACAUGCCUUGUGAAAACCAUCGUCGGAUAGAUUUGUAUCCAAAGGUACAAGCUUUAAAUACAAGUUUAUAAACGAAGUCUAUUACAUUCCACUUUGACGUAAUUCACAGAGGUAUGUAAAGAAGUUAAGUAAAUGUGUAAAUUAUUAAAUUGUAUACCAACUAUAAAAUAUGCAAAUUUAAUGAACUGAUGUGUAUAUAUGUGUAAUGUUAUACAGCAAUUGAUAUGAAUACGAAGAUUAUUUGCCAAGA